CCCAUAUUCAUGUUAUGAUACAUUUGAGACUUGCUAAACAACGCAAAGUAAACCCAAAAAAUAAUGGAAGUAGUCUAUCUCUUGUGCUCAAUCCUCUCCAACUUCCUCACAUCACUCGCUUUGUCUCUCCUCCUCCUCUUCCGCGCUCUCUUCCUCCGAAAAUACUCUUCACGCGCUUCCAUUUCCUCUUCCGCCAUUGCCACAGAAGCUGUGUCUCUCUAUGAAGGCACUGUCUGGCACGAGCGCCGCCGCCCCGUCCACCACUCUUUACGCUACUCCGUCCGUUAUGCGCUUUUUGACCUCGACCACGCCCCACAUCCGCCACCGGACCACCUCUCCGCCAACCAAGCUCGCCAAGUUGCUGCUUCCACCGGACCCGUUUUUCUAUUGACAAUACCUCCUAGCGUGGGAUAUGAACAAAACCCAUUGAGUCUGUACUACUGCUAUGAUGUGGAAGGCUCUACUCAGUGUUUGAAGAAGUGCAUAGCUGAGGUAACAAACACACCAUGGGGUGAAAGAGUAACCUUCGUUUUCAACCCAAGUUCUGAUUUAGUAGCAAAACCAUUACAUGUCAGUCCUUUUAUGGAUAUGCUUGGGACAUGGAAAAUCAGAGCAAAUGCUCCUGGAGAUAAUCUAUUUGUGUCAAUUUCAGUUCAACACCCUAAGCUUGGUGACUAUUUCACAGCUACCUUGAAAGCAAAACGAGUGCCAUUAUCGUUAGUAUCAGAUCAUGCUAUGUUCUUCUGGUUGAUGCCUCACAGGGUUGCAGUGUGGAUCUACUGGCAUGCUUUAAAGCUAUGGUGGAAAAAUGUGUCAUUUAUCCAACACCCAAGAUAUACCAACCCUGACUAUAAGGAGGAAGCUUUGGUACAUGAUCGCAAACUUCAAUGCUGUCCAGUAAUCGGAUCGGACGAAGACAAACACCUGCAAGCUAAUGGAAGUGAUCAAGGAUGUUUGCCAACUAAGAAUUGUGAGAUUCGUCAGUUCACCUGGAGAGAGGCUAAGUGGCCCUGGUCUUGAAAGCGCAAGAAUUUGUAUUGUUUUCUAUAACCGGAAGCAAGCAACAUUGAAAGAGGAGGAUCUUCAUGACAAUCUCUAAACGAAUAUAUUUGGCAAUUAGUUGGUAUAUUGGCCUGGUUUGUUUUUACAGAUAAGAUGAAAUAAAAGUUAAAAGUUGAAUAAAAUAUUAUUAGAAUA